CGCCCGCGCAAGUGUUGUGACAGUUGACAUUGACAGUUUGAUUUUUUAAUCCCAGCCACAGAUAGUGUACGGAUACCAUGAGGCUAAUUUUUUGGGUCACAGCAGUUGCUGUGCUCAGCACCACGUACGCCAAGAACUCGACAACGAAAACGAAACCGAAACGACAGUUAGAUAACAUAAGAACACCUCAGAACCUGCAAUACUCUCUCAUACUCCCACAUUCAAGAGUCGCCCAUUUUCGAUCCAUUAGUAGCAAUCGCAGAAUCUCAAAUGUUGUACCAAGAGGAGGGAAACUGCCGCCCUAUGCAGUGCAAAUGGAACCAGUAGUGCAGUACUCCCAAAAAGACCCACUGUACGAUCCUACUCAUGAUAAUCUGGUGGAUGCCGUGAACCACAACGAUAUUUAUGCUCAACCUAAAAUACUAAACGUUCAUGAUGAAGGACCAGAAAGUUCUUAUGGACCCCCUUAUGGAGCACUGCCUACGGCUCCUCUUUAUAGAGAAGACUCACACCCUCACUACAUAGAAGCUCCUGAACCUAUAAUAGAAAUCAUUAUAAAAGAAUCAAAUGAAACAUUACCAGCUCCACCACCACCACCAGUACACAAAAAGAAAAAGGAACCAGUUCACGUUUUCUAUGUCAAAUACAGCAAGGAUCCCCACUCUAAAGACAAAGUUGUUUAUGAAAAACCUAUUCCAGCUAUCACACCGCCUUCCAAUGAAGAUGACCAUCAUGAAGAAUAUGUUACUGUCACUCCACAGCCCUAUUACAUACCAUCACAAACUACUACCCUGAGAGCUAUUAUAAAACCUGAGUCAGAAGUCUAUCAUAGUAACAGUAAUGUUAAAAUAACAUUUGGAAAUAAUGAACAUCAUUACGGAUAUAGAAGAGAGGAGAAUCAUCAUGGUGAAGAAAGAGAAGAAACCGCUCCCAGACCAGCAAUUGCUUUACCGAACCCACAACCAACUGAAAUACAAACAGGAAGAUCCGCAUCACCGAAAACACAGUACAAUGAACAUGAAAAUAAACAUUUUAGUCAGUCUAGUCAACAAGCAUAUCAAUCUGGACAGCAAGCACAAAGUCGCAUACAAUUUCAACAACAGCCACAAAUUAAUCAUGAACCCCAAUUACCAAGACAAGGGCCAUCAGUUGCACCCUUCAGAUCUCAAGCACCACGUCAACCCUUUGGUCCUGUUAUAUCCCUGAGACCUUCGUUCUCAAAUGUUUCACCCAGUCCUAGUCAACAUUUCUCUAAUGUUGCUCCAACAAUUCCUGGACCAGUUGGACCAAGUUUCUCACCAUUCCCAAGGCCAAACAAUCCUCCAACAUUCCACUUACGCCAAAGUAAUCCACCAUCAUUCGGGCCAAGGCCACAUUUUAAUGGUCCACCGAGAGUUAGCUUUCACCCAGGACCACAGAGACCUCAACAACAAUUUUUCGAUGAAGCAAAAUACUUGCAAGAAAAUUAUCAUACAAUAACAACAGAUCAAGUUGAUCUUCCAAAACAACAAUCGUUACCAAAUAGACAAAUCCAGAACUUUAACCUUACCCCUAAGCCUAACCCAAGUCCGUCUUCAGUUCAUUUCACUGAACAUCAGAGCCGACCUCAACAAAUUAUUCCUUUUAAUCAACAAUUACCUCAACAGAGACCACCUCAAGUCUUUGACGGCAAUAAAAAUAAGCAAUCAUUUGCAAUCAAUCCAAGCAGGCCUCCAUUCUUUAAUUUAAAACCAUCUCCACCACAUAUUGAAGACAAUCGCCCUCCUUUCCAACGCCAGCCACUUCCCCACCCAUCUCAGCAACAUGUUAGUUUUCAGCAGGGUCCCCAGGCACAACAUAGACCUUCCCUACAAAUCUCGUCUCAGGACAGUCAUACCCAAAACAUAUUUUUGGGAUCUCCUUCGUCUACAUCAUCUCCAAUUCAGCAUAAUCAGUUCCUCCCGCAACCUUCCUCUACACCUUUCUUUAGUUUUCAACCAUCACCCAGUUCUAACCAACCCCAAAACUUCCAUCAACAGAGCUUGUCCACCGGUAUACCACAACACAACCAACCAGAAAGACCACAAGAAUUAUCUAAUCUUGAGCAUCAACAAAACGUUCAACAAUUCAUACCGAAUGGUGGAGAAUUAGUGGCGUCCAUUCCACGAUAUGAACAACAUAUAACGGUAAAUGGACCAGAUGAUCAAUCCAAUUUUAGUGGUGGUUUAAAUAUUAUAAGCCAACCGACCCCAACAGCUGGCCAGGUUGAACAACAAGGACAAUCACAAUAUAUUGAUGCUGAGCAGGAGGAUGUUAGACAACAGUUAGCUCAAAAUGUUAGAAAACAACAAGAAGAAAUCCAACGCCUGCAAAAUCAACUGCAAUUUGCGCACCAACAUCAACAACAGCAACAACAACAGCAGCAGCAGCAACAACAACAACAACAUCACCAACAACAGCAGCAGCAACAACAACAACAGCAGCAGCAGCAACAACAUCAACAACAACAACAUCAACUCCAGCAACAACAGCAGCAGCAACAACAACAGCAGCAGCAGCAACAACAACACCAACAAGCUGAAUACGAACAAAGAGUGAACCAAUUUAAUCAACAGCAACAAGCUGCAGCAAAUAAUCAGUAUGUUCAAGAAAGAUCCAGAUUACAGCCCACAUACGUAACAAGCACAGCAUCUCCCGAAUAUUACCAAUCUACUUCUAGAACUGUAGAAAUUAAACCUACUACUCAAAAGUAUGGAUCUUCAACAGUGAAUGCUGUCAGUAACAGUCAGGAAUCACAGAAAGAGCAAAAGAAGAGGCCAGCAAUUGAGUUGCCCGAUGAAGUUCCCGAUGAUUUACGACAACAGUUACUGUCUUCUGGUAUUCUAGACAAUGCUGAUAUAAGUGUUCUUGACUAUGACAAAGUGGGUGAAACUCCUCUCGAAUCGCUACCACCAGAUCAGUUAGCAAACUUUUUCAGCGCUGGAGGUGCUCAACAAAUAGCAGCGAGUGAACACAGGCCUAUUGUAGUGAAACCCAAUGGUGAUAGAAUAGAAUCUAGAAUAGACGACAAUUUCGAUGAAGAUGACCAAGAAAUCGCUGCAUCGGAAAAUCUGCCAAGUAUCGUGGCACCUCCAAAUAAUCAGGCCGUAGAAAUGAAAGUCGUGCAUUUCGACCCGAAAACUGCGGAAGGCCAAAAAAUUGCUAGUGAUUACGUAAAAGAAGAUGCUUCUCAAGUUGACCCAGUGGCUUUAAAUGAUAAAAAAUAUAAUAGAUACCUACCUUUGAAAGUAAACGGUAAUCAAUUCCCCUUACCUGAUGUAUUAAAAGGCAGAAAAAUUACUUCUGUUGUAGUCUUAGCUCCUGUUGAAACGGAAGUUUUGGAUGGAGAACAUCUUAGAACUGAACGUUCAGCAACUGAUAAUUUAAGAGGGAUAAAAUUUGUUGCCGGAGAAAGUCUUCAUAAGCUAUUAAGAAGGCCGACAAAGGACAACUUUGAAAAGUGGCUAGACAUGGAAAAGAAAACAGCUACGGACGAACAGUCUGUUAUUCUUCUGGUAACUGGAAACGAAGAGAAACCAGAGGACAGGGAAAUCUUCAUGUACGACAUCGCAACAGGCAACGUUAGCAAACUCAGUGGUGAUCUCUCAAAUGCAUUCGUUGAAGCAGCAGAAAACAAUUCUCUAAGCAAAGACUUUGAAAAACUAGCUAUAGAAGGAGAAGGCACACCGGAAAACUUUAACAAGGAAAAAGAAGAUGUCAUUGCAGAAGGGUCGGACAAUGUGCCAUUAUUUGUAGAUUUAUCUGGAGUCAAGUUAGACAAAGAAAGUAAUAAGGGAGUAUUAAUAUCCUCAGGGUACAGUAAAACAAAACGUGGCAGAUCUUUUAGAAGACAUUGAUGUACAAAACCGCCUUCGGCAAUUUAAAACAUUGUAAAUAGUUUAGCAGUAGUAUUACUAAAUUAAAGAGAUUGACGUUGUAUAUUUACUUAGUUGUUAAUAAUUAUGAUGAAAGUGAUGAUCAGUUUGUAAUAUAUAAAGACUUUUAUA